UGGCUCACCCCCGCCAGUUUGAACUGUGUUUAUUACUAUAGCAGGACCGUCGCAGCCACGUUUGGUUGCCGCGCGCGUAUUUACGCAUUCAGAUCUUCGGUAACAGAAGCGGCUUUACAUUAUCGUUUACCAGCUGAACUUGUCGAGGUUCCCGCGGAGAAGAGCAACUAUGGAUUUGAUGGGUCUGCUGUGUUUGGCGCUGAGCAUCGGUGCUCGGUUCACCUCCGCGGAGAGACACAGCGUCUACUGGAACAGCUCGAAUCCCAACUUCCUGUGGGAUGAGUACACUGUGGAAGUGCGCAUCAACGACUAUCUGGACAUCAUCUGCCCCCACUACACCCAUGGUGAGGUUUCAUCGCAUGCAGCUGAGCGCUAUGUGCUGUACAUGGUGGAGAGGGAGGACUACGAGGUGUGUAAACCUCACUCCUUUGACCAGCUCCGUUGGGAGUGCUCGCGGCCCUUUGCUCCCCAUGCUCCUGAGAAAUUCUCUGAGAAGUUCCAGCGCUUCACACCCUUCACCCUGGGCAAGGAGUUCAGACAGGGAGAGAGCUAUUAUUAUAUCUCCAAACCAAUGCAUCACCAUGGCCAGGAUUGUCUGAGGCUGAGGGUGGAUGUAGUCGGGAAUAAAGGCUCUGGAAAAACUCACUCAGACAAAUCCAAGGCAGAGGAGGCAGGAAAAAGCUUAGACGGAGGAAAAGUGAAGUUUCCUGCUGCCGGAGGAGUGCACAACCCCUCUAACCACCUCCCAGCAGAUGACCCUGCUGUGAUGGAGCCAAACGUCCAGAGGAGUAUCGGCAGUUCAGGACCACAGCUGGUUUCCUUUUCACUCUUCUUUACCAUGAUCCCAGUCUUACUAGCCUUGAUACUACACUAAGGCUGACCAUUGAAGAGACAUUACUAACCCAAUGCUGGUCACUGGGAACAUGAACACUCCGAGAUUUUUUUUUUAUACAGAUUUUUUUAUACCAGCAUGGACAGUGCUGUCAGUGUGUGUUUGUUUGCGUGAAUGCGGAAUGUGGAUCGUUCCAAAGAAGAAGACCUCAAAAAACAUUUUUUCUUACUUCAUUACGAGGACAGAUUUCUCAUUUUUGACCAUUUAAGAUGCACGCUUUUUUCAGUCAUUAUGAACAAAACUGGAAGCAAACUGAUCAAAACACCAUAUGAAUUAAUGUCAGAUUGAAAAUGACGAGGAACAAAUUAUCCUCAUUAUUAUACCUUAUGUUUUCAGAUUUUCAUACCAUUGGUACAGCUGUGCAUUGUAUUACUGAUCUCAAACCGUCAGUGUCAUUUUUCUUGCUCGUCAUGUAGCGAAAUUAUCGAUUGUGUAUUGGAAAUGUUGUCGGCUACUGCCAAAGUAGUAUACAUUAUGUAGGAUUUUUGUCAUGUAGCACUCAGCUCCCUCCCAUCUCUUUAAGUCUCUGCUGAAGCACCACUAUUUCAUUUAUCACCGACACAAAAGAUGACACUUUGAGUCAGGUACUGCAGAGUAAAACGUGCAGAAAGUAUUUAUUUUCCGUUAUACGACAACACAAGUAAACAAAUUGUUUAAUAAAAACGAGUAAGUUCUCAGCCAACUUGUGUUGCAUCAGUAUUAAUUUGGACCUCAUGUAAAUCAUAAAUUAUAAUCCCUCUGUAAUCUAUUAUAUGUUGACAUGUAAGUGGUUGGGACCCACUGAUCAAGAGAACAAAACUGAUCAAACCUAAAACUAGCAGCAGAGUGUCAGGUGAGCUGAGCUUCUUCAGUACUUAUGGUUCUUCACUUAUUUCUGCUGUCUAGACAGUAUCAAGGUAUGGUACACUGGCUGAUGUUUGCAGAUGUGAUCCCACUUGCACAUUGUCAAACCUCAAACUGAAGGGACUUCCCACAAUAUAUUUACAGUUGUUUUUCUUGUUAAACAUACUUGUGUCAUAUUGUAAAUGUUUAUAUGUAAAUUUGUACAUAGAGAAAACUAUAAAAACUGUUUUAAGAUGUGAAAAAUCUUUAGUGAAAUAA